AGUCAACGUUUAUACCUUGACCAAAGCAGUCGGGUAUUCUUAACUUUAUCUCAAGAAAGAAAUCGUAUCAAAGAAACGAAAAUUUAGCAAUAAAAGUUGUUGCUUAUGACGAUCAUUAAAGUUGCGUGUGUUAAAAUCAUUUAAAACCUAUAAAAAAGUGAAAAGUUUUAUAACGAAGGUGUAAGGGAAGUGGAUUAAAGGACAUUACUUUUUAGCCAGAGCGGUUCAGAAAAAACAAUCUGGAAUUUAAACUUGUCAUGAUAAAAUUUUUGGACAAGAUUGUGCAUAUGAAAAUAAAAUAAAAUAUAUUUUGGGAAAACAAGCAAGAAAUCAAUAAAGAUAUAUUUACUGUUGACACAUCAAUAACAGCAAACAACUGAAAAAAUCUUCGUUUUCAUAACAGUUGUUGACUUUUCAACAACGAACGCAAGAGCUAUUGAGGAGACACUUGGGAAACCCACUGAAAAAACAACGAAAACCUAAAUAAAUAAACGCCAAAUCAUAAUGAAUUGGCUGAGUUUUAGUGUAUUGACGGCGCUGCUUUGCCUGACCCAAGUGGCGUCACUGUCUUUAGAUCCAGUGGCUUCAUCAGAACUGGAACAACACAUUAAAAAGGGUGAUUGUGUUAUAUCGAUGCGUCAUAUAAGACCCCGUCGCAAAUUACACAUUUCGAUUGAAGCUUUGUUCAUGAUCGAUUUUCCCACCCUUAAACACAAAAUGUCUUUCUUUUUGGAUCGCAAACAGCAAAGGGUCACUUUGGAUAUUAGUGCUGCUGGAGAUGUGGAAUCGUUACACUUCGAUAUACCUCACACCAAUGAGACCAGCACUAUACGUUCCUUAGCUUUACACUUUCAUAAAAAUCGUAUUUCUUUGUUGGUGGAUUGUAAGGAAACCUCUUCACAUGAAGUGGAUAUGAAUCUGACGAAAUUGUAUACACAAAUGGAUGAUCCAGUGGUUAAGUUGUUCCGUGAACGCAAAUAUCCUCUACAUUUCGAUGGCAAUGUGGACAGUGCUUUGCAAAGAGCUAAUUGCCAAAAGGGUCUUAAUCGUAGAGGCAAUAGACGCAUGUUAAAGAACAAAAUUUCAGAAAGAGAGAAAAACAAGAAACGUGAUGUACGCAAUUGGUUUAAUCACGAACCCAGCACCAGUGCUGAACAAUAUCAACAACAAAUACCCUUGGACAUCGAUCGUAGGGGUGACAUACCCAUAAUGAGUGGUGAUUGUGAAGACGCCCUCGCAAAAUCACUGAGCGAUUUAAUGGCUUUAGUAAAAUUACUACGUGAAGAUAUCGCCCACCAGCGUCAAGAGAUUUCUUAUUUGCGCAUGCUCCUUGAGAAUUGUGCCGGUUGCAAGGAGCCCAAAGGUGAUAAUAAUAUACGCAUUGAACCAACAUGCCGUACCUCAAAUCCUUGCUAUCCUGGUGUCGAAUGCUAUGAUUCUGCUGCGGGACCAAGGUGUGGCCGCUGUCCCGUGGGCAUGAUAGGUGAUGGUAAAAUUUGCAAACCAGGCGUUACCUGCAGUGAUCGUCCCUGUUAUAUAGGCGUUCAAUGUCACGAUACUGUGAGUGGUGCCCAAUGUGAUUCCUGUCCUUUGGGCUAUGAGGGUGAUGGUCGCACUUGCACUAAACGUAAUCCCUGCUUAGAUGGUCCUUGUCCUUCAGGAGUUGAAUGUAUACAAAUCGGAGUACCGCCCUAUUUCCAAUGCAUUUCCUGUACUCGCAGUCAGCGUAUCAAUGGCAGCCUGUGUGUAGAUAUAGAUGAAUGUGAACUCUAUCAACCCUGUGAUCCGAAAACGACCUGUGUUAAUCAAAAUCCGGGUUUCAGAUGUGAACCGUGUCCCUUGGGUUAUAGUGGCAUGCACAUGCAUGGUUAUUAUGCUGAAUAUUGGACUUUGAAUUAUCAGAAACAAACGUGUUAUGAUGUGGAUGAAUGUACGAAUGGUAUGGCUCGAUGUGGACCGAAUGCAGUGUGUGUUAAUACAAUGGGCUCCUAUCAGUGCAAAUGCCGUGAAGGCUUUGUUUCGAAUGGUACUUCGAAUUGCUUCCCCAUAGCCGAUAUGUGUCCCGAUGGUACAAUCUGUAAUAGUAAUGCCAAUUGUGUACUAGCCGAUAAUUUGAAAUACAGAUGCAAAUGUAAAGUAGGUUGGGCUGGCAAUGGUUUAAUAUGUGGACGCGAUCGUGAUCUAGAUAGUUGGCCUGAUCUACAAUUACCCUGUUCAGAGUUGCACUGUAAAAGAGACAACUGCCCCGAUUUACCCAAUUCGGGACAAGAAGAUGCCGAUAAUGAUGGCAUAGGAGAUGGUUGUGAUGAUGAUGCUGAUGGCGAUUUAAUAUCGAAUGACAAGGAUAAUUGUCCAUUUGUUUACAAUGUCGAUCAAAUGGAUUCAGAUCAUGAUGGUGUAGGUGAUGCCUGUGAUAAUUGUCCAUUUGUACCGAAUCGCAAGCAGUUGGAUACAGAUGAUGAUUCUUUGGGCAAUGAUUGUGAUGAUGAUAUGGAUAAUGAUACCGUAAUUAAUGAGUAUGAUAAUUGUAUGUUGGUGCCCAAUCCAAAUCAAUUGGAUGUCGAUGGUGAUGGUAUAGGAGAUGUCUGUGAUAAUUGUCCUAGUAUUUCGAAUCCUUCACAAGAGGAUCGUGAUAAUGAUUUGUUGGGUGAUGCUUGUGAUAGUGAGAUUGAUGGUGAUAAUGAUGGUAUACAGGAUAGUGAGGAUAAUUGUCCCAUGGUUAGUAAUGCUGAUCAGUUGGACACCGAUAAUGAUGGCAAGGGAGAUGCUUGUGAUGAUGAUAUGGAUGGUGAUGGUGUUCCCAAUUAUAGAGACAAUUGUCCUUUGGCCAAAAAUCCCAAUCAAUUGGAUUUGAACAAAAACGGCAAAGGUGAUUUGUGUGAAUACGAUGAAGACGACGAUGGUACUCCCAAUAUCAUAGACAAUUGUCCCAAUAAUUCCAUGAUAUAUUCCACUGAUUUCCGUACCAUACGUUCUGUGAUAUUGGAUCCUGAGGGUGAAGCUCAACUAGAUCCCAAUUGGGAGGUUCAUGCCAAUGGCUCGGAAAUUAUACAAACUUUGAAUAGUGAUCCCGGUCUAGUGGUGGGUCAUGAUGCUUUUGGUGGUGUUGAUUUUGAGGGUACUUUCUACGUUAACGAUGACACCGAUGAUGAUUAUGUCGGAUUCAUAUUCAGUUAUCAAAGUAAUCGUAAAUUUUAUAUAGUAAUGUGGAAAAAGAAUACACAAACAUACUGGCAUUCUACACCCUUCCGUGCCUCGGGAGAGCCGGGUAUUCAAAUUAAAUUGGUGGAUAGUAUUACUGGGCCUGGUUCUAUGUUGCGUAAUAGUUUGUGGCAUACUGGCGAUACUAAGGAUCAAGUGAGAUUGUUAUGGAAAGAUCCCAUGAAUAUUGGUUGGAAGGAGAAAACUUCCUAUAGAUGGUCUCUUUUACAUCGUCCCGCUAUUGGUCUUAUACGUCUUAGAAUGUUUGAGGGUGAUAAGCUAAUCUUGGAUUCUCAUAAUGUCUAUGACUCUACUUUGAAGGGAGGGCGUUUGGGUGCCUUCUGCUUCUCGCAACAAAUGAUCAUUUGGUCAGAUUUGAUUUACAAAUGUAACACCCGCGUUCCUGCCUUGGUGUAUAAUGAUUUACCUGGUCAUCUGAAACAAAAAGUAGAAAUUGAUAGAUAAUUUAGUUUUUUCACUCUUUUUCAAAAUGUUGCUGAAAAAUUAUUUUCAAGAAAAAAAUAUUGGUGCUACGAGUCCUUUUCUUCUUUAUUACUCUUGCCCUCUAUUUCUAAAUGUAUGUUUAUAGUUUAGCGUAAAGAUAUACUGCCAACAGACAUGGAGCUAUUGGGUCUUAAAUCAACUAUAUAUUCAAAACAAUUAUACGUAAUUAUAAGUUUAACUGAAAUUGCCAUAAUUUGUAUUAGUUAUACGAUAUGAAAUCUAUGUAUUUAAUAAAUCAAAUGAGAUUUGU